GCCCCUAAUUAGUCUUUGCCUACUGGCCCACCGUGAAAUCCCUGUAUAUACCCAUAGGCUCUGUUCACUGGUGAUAAUCUUAUCUGCCGAAUGAAAAGAAACCACGAGGAUUACAAACGGUCCUGGAUAAUGUGAAGUUUUGGUGAGCACCUGCGGCUCUGUCCACAGGACUACACCUGCUGCUCCAGUCAGAUGGAGGAGACGCUGGCCCUCCAGAGCGAGAGAGACUUCCUCAAAGCUGUCGAAGAGAACAGCCAGUUCCUUUUGACUACUUUUACCCAGAGACACCGCAGGUUUGAUGAGUUCUUCAAAGAGCUUAUAGACCUGUCAGAGAAGUCCAUGAACCAGAUGUUCACCAAGACCUAUGGACGACUCUUCACCCAGAAUUCACUUGUCUUUCGGGAGCUGUUUGUGGAGCUGCGCAGAUAUUAUUCUGGGGGCAGUGUAAGUCUGUCAGAGGUUCUCUCAGACUUCUGGUCCAGACUGGUGGAGCGAGUCUUCUCUCUGGUUAACCCCCAGUAUCAGUUCAGUGAAGAUUACCUGGAGUGUGUCAGCAAACACGCCGAACAGCUGCAGCCGUUUGGGGACGUGCCACGAAAACUGCGUGUACAAGUGUCAAGGGCUUUCAUUGCUGCCAGAGCACUAGCUCAGGGCUUAGCUACUGGUCGGGAUAUUGUUAACAAAGCAACAAAGUUGACUGCAGAUUCAGAGUGUGUGCGCGGGCUGAUGCGUCAGUGGUACUGCCCCCUGUGUCGAGGCGUGCCCUCCCUGCGGCCCUGCCACUCUCUGUGUCUGAACGUGAUGAAGGGCUGCUUAGCCAAUCAGGCCGACCUGGAGACCGAAUGGAACAAUUUCAUUGAUGCUCUGUACCAGGUUUCAGAGAAGUUGGAGGGGCCGUUCAACAUGGAGCUUGCAGCCGACUCUAUCUCUGUUAAAGUGUCGGAGGCCAUCAUGCACAUGCAGGAAAACAGUGUCAGCAUCUCCACUAAGGUGUUCCAAGGAUGUGGAAACCCCAGGCCAGCUCCAGGAAGGUCCAAACGCUCACCCAAGGAGUCAGGGGGCAACAGGAGGCCCUUUCGCACCUACAGUCCCGAAGAGAAACCCACCACAGCUGCGGGAACUAACCUGGACCGACUGGUAACUGAGCUAAAGGAGCGGCUGAGGCCCAUGCGUGGCUUCUGGGUGUCCCUCCCACACACCAUCUGCAACGAUGAGAAGAUGGCAGCCGACGUCACUAAUGAGGACCGCUGCUGGAACGGGCAGACCCGGGGGAGGUACCUCCCGGACGUGACGGGCGAUGGGCUGGUCAGUCAGAUCAACAACCCCGAGGUGGAAGUGGACAUUGCCAGGCCAGAUGUGAGGACCAGACAGCUGAUCAUGGAGCUGAGGGUGGUGACCAACAAACUGAGACACGCUCAGAGUGGACAGGACAUGGACUUCAUGGACAGUGAGGAGGGCAGUGGCUCAGGGGGUGGAGAUCAUGGAGAAAGGUUCAGUGAUGAUUGGCCAGGUUAUGGGCCUUACUCCCCACCCUACAACAAGCCACCUCACAACCCCCCCGUCAACCCCGCAAAGCCACCUCGAGUCCGAGAAAGAAACGGGUCCAAGUGGAACAAGAACAACGGCCACGGACGGGCCCGAUCUGCAACCAGCCAGCUUACUUUCUCCCCUCUUCCUUUGUUGUCUCUGCUUUUCAUGGUAAUUGUUGCCCCCAUGUGGAGAUAGCUGGUUAUUACAGUCUGGAGGUGCAGAUUUUCUGUCAUGCUGCAGUGUCAAGCACAUCAUAAAGAAACAAAAGUCAUUCCAUUAGGUUGCACCAGCAGAAAAAAAAGGCAAAACAGGCUAAUUUAGCAAUUGUCAUAAACCUGUUGUCAUAAACCUACCGCACAAAUGAGUUAAAGUGAAUAUUUAUACUACUGCCCAAGCCACAAGAGGUAUCAGGUAUUGAUCAUUACAAACAAUAUUUAUUAAGUACAAAAUGAGCCAUUUUUUUAGUGCCAUUGGAGUUUUAAUGGUGAAUGGUGUGCAGUGCUGUGAAAGGGAAACAGAAGUACAACAGCAAAGGAAUCAGCAGCAUGUUUGGUGAAGCUCAUAGUCUCGUGGAUUGGUGGUCUGUAAAAUGGAGAUUAGCUGUGCCACUUAAUUACUGCGGUAGUUUCAGUGAGCAGCUGACUUGAUCUGAGUGAGUUUGCUGCUUUUCUCAUGAAAUUAAUUUAAUUGAUCUUGCUUUCACUCUGGUUGUGGUUCAUUUCAUUUUAUUUUCUGUCUUGUGGAAGUACUAAGAUUUAAUCUGCUCAGUUAAUGAAAUCUCCGUAUUUUGGCUUAGCGAUUAAAAAAAAAAGAGAGAAAGUCAAUAGUAUGACUCUUGAAACCAAACAAGGGGCUUAUUUUGAAUGUACCUGAAAGCUCUAAAUUAAUUUGUGGUUACUUGUGAUGACAAGGGGUAACUCAGUGUAAUAUAUUGAUGUUUUUAAGUUAUUUGUAAGAUAAUAUUUUAUUGUUUUUAUAGUUAUGAUUUUUAAGGCAAGGGUUGAGUGUUUUUAUUUUUUAAAAGGUGUUAAAUAGUGUUUGUCUAACUUUCUCUGGUAUCAGAAAGAAAAAAAGGAACAGUCGAGUUGUUUUUAGUGCUACUUUUUGUAAACCAAUCAUUUAAAAAUAUUCUUAUUAAACCAGUCGCAACAACCACACUUAACUAUCAUACAACACUGGGCAGCAAGACUAGCUAAUGUUCUUUUUCUAGUGUUUUUAGCCUUAACCAGAGAAAUUGUUAAGGAGCAGUGUGUGUGUGUGUGUGUGUGUGUGUGUGUGUGUGUGUGUGUGUGUGAUGGUUUAAUAUGGUUUGUUGUAUGUUCUGGUUUCAAGGUUCUAAAGUCAUGCUGAGAAGUUGUUGGGAUGUUUUUUAAUACCAAACUUUUCUACUUAUUUUUUUCCAAAAGCAACAAAAGAUAACAGUGAGGUCACGAUAUGAUUUAAAAUUUGAUUGAAUGUUGACUGAAAGACACAUGCUGUCAAGAACUAAAAGAAAAUGGCUCUUCAUUUUCAUAUGCCGAAUGUGUUUUGACAAAGAUAAAAUCAAAGAAUAUUGAAUAAGGGAAAAGAGAACUUGUGAGGACAGGGCACCCAUGGACAGAGAGAAAGAGGACAGUGAACUGAAACAAUAUGCUUGACAUUUUGGGAAAUACACUUUAGUCAAGAAUUAGAUGAGAAGAUGCAAAUGCAAAGCUGCACCUGGUCAGCUUAUCUUAGCUUAGCUUAAAGACUGGAAAUGGGGGCAAACAGUUAACCUGACUCCAACCAAAGGUAACAAAAUCCACCAACCACCUUUUUAAAUCUCCCUAAUUGUAAUUUGUUUUAAGUGUCUUAAGUGUAAAAAUGGCAAAUUGUAGUUUUAUGUGAGAUUAUGUGCCAGACUAUUUCUUACCUUGGAACAGUUUCCAAAUAAUCAGUGGAGACACCAGGAAGUUACUGGUCUUGGCCAAGAAAUAAUCACAACACAUCAAUAAAAGUCAGAUACUUAAGCUUUUGUACAAAUUAAACAAGAUGUUAGGUGCUGUUUGGUGGAUUUCAUUGUCUUGUUUCAAGUUGCUAAGCUAAACUUACCAGCACUUGGCUCCAGUUCCAGUUCUUGGCAAGCAAGCAAAUAAGCACAUUGAUUUUUUUUUCAUAAUAUUGAGCAGUUUUUAAAGAUUAUAAAGUGAAUUGAUAGGAUCCCGAAAGAGAUAAGAGAUACAGAUAAAAAGAAUGUACAGAUGCUGUGAAAUUCACUUGGUUGUAACAGAAGUACACUUGGCCAGAUGGGCUAUUGCACCGGUACAAUGCAAAAAAUGGAAAGAGAAGGGAUUCAUUCCAAAAUGUUUCCAGAUUAAUUUACUUAAUACUUUUAAUCACUUGGCAUAGGAGGGAAAAUAUUUGGUGUUAAUGUUGGCGGUUGAUUCAUGUCAAAUUACGUCAGAUUUAAUUUUGAAAUUAAACCCUUCAAGGUCGUUAGGGGCCAUGCACAAGACACCACAAGCACAGUAUUAUGUUGCACAAUUACAAAUGAUAAAACACUAUUUCACAGUAUUUCUGAAGCAUCAGUAUUGUAAUCAUAUGUGCAUUCAAUGAUCUGCAGCCAGUCACCGCUUUGUGGUAGCUGCAGUACUUCCAUUGAAUUUCAGGUAAAACUGUUCUUUAGUACAACCUCUUAUCCAUCACCACCACUCACACAUUCCUUUAUGGUGAAAGCACAAUUUUUGUCAUGUUAUUGUAACCGUUUUUUGGUAUCAAAUGAGUGAUAUUUUCUGCUUCAUUAAAAAAAGAAAAAGA